AUGGAAGAAUGGGACGAGAGUUUUGUGCAGUUAGUCCUCCAAGCCUCAGAGGUUGCAAUCCUGUCCCGCACCAACCCAUCACAACCACCUGACCACCACCACCACCACCGCCACCAUCAUCACCACCAGCAACCUCCACUCCCGCCUCGGCAGCAAAGUGACAUUAGUUAUUCUCCCCCUCGUGAAUUAUCCCAAAGAGUCAAUGACACUCCGGCCGUACUCCGCUCCGGCUACGGCGAGGGCUAUAGUUACGUCCUCCCCUGCUUGCCGUCAAAUUCUGCGUCCGCUUCUGUAGGCCCCGAAACUACCAAAGAACCAAAGAUUGUUGGCUUCAAGGACAAGAAAGAAGAGCAACUAAAAUUCACUUCUUCAAAAAGCAAUGACAAAGAGACGGAGAACAGCAAAAGUAAUUCCUUGCGCUAUGAUGGUGUUGUAGCUGAUGAUUUUGGAUUCAUACCUGAAUGUCAGAAGAGUAGAUCUUCAGAUGAAAUGCCUAGCAUCAGUUUAAACAGAUCCAGUAGUAGAGCAGUUGGAGUUCAGACUGAUGAUCUUGGUGAAUUUGACAAUCCAAAAUCUAGAAAUGAUAAUUCAUUUCUUGCCUCUGACCAGCAGAAGAAGUUAUUAGGUAUAUGGGACUUGUUAGAUGGGGAGAAAUCGGAAAAAAGUUUAGCUUUGAAGUUGUUUGAAGCUUGUGGUACUGAUUUUCAAGUCCUUUCUGGGUAUAUAUAUCCGGGAUUGCCUUCCAUCACCACUAUGCAGUCUUCCCUGCCAAAGUCAGAUGGGCCUUUUUGGGAAUCCCCGCUAACCGCUCACUCUGCUGAACAAGUGAAAAUCUCCCGGCUCUUUGUUAUGCUGACCAAGAUCAGCAAUGAAAUGGUUAGGCUGGAAGACCUGCUGGACGCAUUAAUUGAUUGUUGCUCCCUGAAAAAUGAUGUUAUUGUUCAUGUUUCUCUGCGCAUGCUGCAUGUGGUUUUAAAGCAUGCUUCCUGGAUGCGGAAGGAAUUGACUAGAAGGGACAAUUUUGUCUUCACAGGUCCUUCCUCUGAUCACAUUCUGGAAGAUAUACAUAAUCAGGAGUUAUUUGAGAGAAGAAACGUGAUUUAUCCCUCUGCAAAAUCAGUAACAGAUAAAUUGGAUUCUCAAGGAGCUAGUUGGCGUAAGCCAAAGAGUUCAACCAUUUUCAACCCUACGAAAGUUGACUGGUUUUCAUUGUUUGAGUCGAUGAACCAGAUUGUGAUGUCAGAUUUUGAUGAACGUGUUCGACUGGAAGCAAUUUUAAUUAUGAAUACGAUUCUCGUUAGCUGUAAUGCAUACUCAGAAAGGGACAAGUUUGCAUCAAAAUUGGUUUUUCAAACUGUAUCUUUGUUGCUCAGGAAGGAAGCUGGUGUUUGUCUGCGAAAGCAAGCAGUGAAUCUUUUUAACCAGCUACUAAACUGUCCAAAAGUGACAACUGCAUUUUGUUGCGGUUGCAUGGAGGAUGAUGAUGGUGUUGUUAAGGCAGAGGUUGAUGCAAAAAUCUUAUUAUCGGCUCAAGAAUUCAGAGGGGUUUUUAAUGGUUUGGUAGAUUGUCUUUCAUGCACCGGAAGUUGCCCCAAGAAGUUGAAGCUUCGAAGAUCUACUGUGACAGUUAUUGCAUACAUUGCAUCUCUUGGAAAACCUGGUAUUGGGAUUUUAUUGAAUCAUAGGCCGCCACAACGAUAUAACAUGCUUGUUAGCAUUGUGGAGAGUUUGAUCUCAGAUUUGGACCUUGAAACUUUGGAGGCUGUUCAGCCUUUUGAAGUCUUCAGAGAAAGAACCUUGCUAAUACGGGAGGCUCUUAUUCUUCUGAAUAGACUCGUAUCUCAUCCUCAAUUUUCCAGUAAUGUGUUGCAAGCAUUAACAAAUAGUAGAGAUAUAACCAGCUUGACCGUGGAUAUUGCAAAAAGAUUGUGCCAGAAACGCAAGUUCUCAUGGCUGGACGACAGCAUAACCAAGCAGAUAAGAGAGUCUGAAAUUGCUGAAUUAGCGAGGUUGUUUAACAGAAGGAUUUUCACAUUCUUGGGAGAUAAUCUAUCCUGA